UAAACAAAUAAAAACAUGCUGUUUAUCAGAAUCUGCAGACUGUUACCUACUGUGUCAGUGUCCCUGACAUUACCAAGCUUCCUGGUUAUGGCAAUUUUAAUCCAGCUAACCCGGACGCAAGCACCGUGCUUGUUUAUCCUCAGAAAGCAACUUUUCUCGUCUUUUGGCAGACACGGAGUUCUCCGCCGCAGCAUGGCCUCAGACCCGACGGCAUCAGAGACGACUCGCUUCGACUUUCUGGUGAUCGGCGGCGGGUCUGGAGGUCUGGCCGGAGCUCGGAGGGCGUCGGAGCUCGGAGCAGCCACCGCCGUGAUCGAGAGUCACAAACUCGGAGGUACCUGCGUGAAUGUUGGCUGUGUCCCUAAGAAGGUUAUGUGGAAUGCAGCAGUUCAUGCUGAGUAUCUCCAUGAUCACAGUGAUUAUGGCUUUGACGUUGGAAAUGUUCGUUUCAGUUGGGAAACUCUUAAGGCCAAAAGGGAUGCUUAUGUUACUCACCUAAAUCGCAUUUAUCGCAACAAUCUUGACAAGGCUAAAAUCCAAACUAUUCAAGGACGCGCCAGAUUCACAAGUGAUCCUGAGCCCACUGUGGAGGUCGGUGGAAGAAAGUACACAGCGCCUCACAUCCUCAUCGCCACUGGAGGGCAGCCUUCUGUUUUGAGUGAUGCUGAAGUUCCAGGGGCAAGUCUUGGCAUUACCAGUGAUGGAUUUUUUGAACUUGAAACUCUGCCAAAGCGCAGUGUGAUUGUGGGUGCCGGUUAUAUUGCAGUGGAGAUGGCAGGCAUCCUUUCAACCCUGGGGUCCAAAACAUCCCUCAUUAUUCGACAGACAGGAGUUUUGAGGAACUUUGACAACUUCAUAAGCACAAACUGCACCAAAGAACUGCAAAACUCUGGUAUAGAUUUGUGGAAGAACACACAGGUGAAGUCUGUGAGUAAAACGGACAGGGGUCUGGAGGUGACGCUUGUCACCAAAGACCCGGAGAAGAAGAGCGAUGAGGAGAAGAUCAGCACCAUCCAGGAGGUGGACUGUCUUCUCUGGGCCAUCGGCAGGCAGCCAAACACCUCUGGACUGAACAUUGGCGAGAUGGGUGUGGAUACAGAUGAAAGAGGCCAUAUUAUUGUGGAUGAGUUUCAGAACACCAGUCGACCAGGGAUCUACGCUGUAGGGGAUGUUUGUGGCAAAGCUCUUCUCACACCUGUUGCUAUUGCUGCAGGCAGAAAGCUUGCACACAGACUGUUUGAGGGCAAGAAGGACUCCAAGCUGGACUACUCCAGUAUUCCCACAGUGGUGUUCAGCCACCCACCCAUCGGUACGGUGGGCCUUACAGAAGACGAGGCCAUUAAAUCUAGAGGAAAGGAGAAUGUGAAGAUUUACAAGACUUCUUUCUCGCCAAUGUACCACGCCAUCACGAGCAGGAAGAGUCAGUGCAUCAUGAAGCUGGUGUGCGUGGGUAAAGAGGAGAAGGUGGUGGGCCUGCACAUGCAAGGCCUGGGCUGUGAUGAGAUGCUGCAGGGCUUUGCUGUGGCCAUCAAAAUGGGCGCUACCAAAGCAGACUUUGACAAGACUAUUGCCAUUCACCCCACCUCAUCUGAGGAGUUUGUCACGAUGCGUUAAUGCAAACACAAACUCCCCCCUUGCUUCCCUAUACGACCAGAAACCCAGACAAGCAUACCAGGACAGAGUCACUGCUCCGUACUACUCUCGCAUCAGCUUGACGACUUGCUUUCUAAAACUACCUACAUACUUCCAUUUUCUCUGAUUUAAGUGACCUUAUUUGUGCGCAGUAUUUCAUUUUUUCUAAUUUUUACCUAAAUGGACCAAGACCGAGUUAUGGCCUUCUUAAACUGUACUGGAUUCCAUUUUAAUGAUUGUGAAAUGGAAGUGAUGGAUCUGCAGGUUUUGUUGUCAAGUGAUUGCAUGGGAAGUCAAAAGACCUCUCUCCUAGUGUAUGUGUUUGAUUUGUCAGUCAUUUGUCAGAUUAAUUUUACAAACACUGCUGCUUCUUAAGGCACCUAUUUACUACCAAUGCAAGGUCAUAACAUAUCUACUGUACUGUUUUAAAGAUUCAAUAAACCUGCAGGUUUUUUCUUAA